UUGGCCUUUUGAGCAGCAGACCCAGCAAUGAAUGAUCCGAACAGCUGUGUGGACAAUGCAACAGUUUGCUCUGGUGCAUCCUGUGUGGUACCUGACAGCAAUUUCAAUAACACCCUAAGUGUGGUCCUAAGUACGGUGCUGACCAUCCUGUUGGCCUUGGUGAUGUUCUCCAUGGGAUGCAACGUGGAAAUCAAGAAAUUUCUAGGGCACAUAAAGCGGCCGUGGGGCAUUUGUGUUGGCUUCCUCUGUCAGUUUGGAAUCAUGCCCCUCACAGGAUUCGUCCUGUCUGUGGCCUUUGACAUCCUCCCCAUCCAGGCCGUGGUGGUGCUCAUUAUGGGAUGCUGCCCUGGAGGAACUUCCUCCAAUAUCUUGGCCUAUUGGGUCGAUGGCGACAUGGACCUGAGCGUCAGCAUGACCACAUGCUCCACACUGCUUGCCCUCGGAAUGAUGCCGCUGUGCCUCCUUAUCUAUACCAAAAUGUGGGUCGACUCUGGGAGCAUCGUAAUUCCCUAUGAUAACAUAGGUACGUCUCUGGUUGCUCUUGUUGUUCCUGUUUCCAUUGGAAUGUUUGUUAAUCACAAAUGGCCCCAAAAAGCAAAGAUCAUACUUAAAGUUGGGUCCAUUGCGGGCGCCAUCCUUAUUGUGCUCAUAGCUGUGGUUGGAGGAAUAUUGUACCAAAGCGCCUGGAUCAUCGCUCCCAAAUUGUGGAUUAUAGGGACAAUAUUUCCUGUGGCAGGUUACUCCCUGGGGUUUCUUCUAGCUAGAAUCGCUGGUCUACCCUGGCACAGGUGCCGAACGGUUGCUUUUGAAACGGGGAUGCAGAACACGCAGCUAUGUUCCACCAUCGUUCAGCUCUCCUUCACUCCUGAGGAGCUCAAUAUCGUAUUCACCUUCCCGCUCAUCUACAGCAUUUUCCAGCUCGCCUUUGCCGCCAUAUUCUUAGGAUUUUAUGUGGCGUACAAGAAAUGUCAUGGAAAAAACAAGGCAGAAAUUCCAAAGAGCAAAGAAAAUGAAACGGAGCCGGAGUCAUCGUUUUAUAAGAUAAAUGGAGGAUUUAAACCUGAUGAAAAGUAGACAUCAAGUGGACAAAAGAGACGAGUUCUAAAUUACAUUCUUAAACCAUAACUAUAUUUAAUUAUUUGUUUUGGUAGGACAGUUGGCAGAAAAGAGUUAAAGUGGAAAUCUGAAUUUCAUUUGAAUUCAUGUAUUGGUUUCAGUACCAAGUGACUGGUGGCCCAAUUCUUUAAUGGGACAAAUAUUGCUUCAUAUAUAUAUACAUAUGUUUUAUAUAUGUAUGUAUACUCAUAUAGAUACAUUGUCAUUGAAAUAUUCCCCCAUAAUAUUCUCAAGCUAAACCUGACAUAGGGAACACUGAGAAUGAGAACUUCGUCACACCAAAACUGAAUUCUUACGCAGAACCUCCUAGCCCAGAGAUGAGGACCUGACUUUCUGUAUGUUAAAGUAGAUGUAAUGAAUUAUUAUUAUUAUUAUAGUGGUCAAGAUUUUCUUCAGUGUUUAUGAUUAUAAAAAUUGACACGAACAUCUUUCACUGACAUUUUAAUCAUUAUUUUGAAAGCUUUGCAACCCAUUUAUUUAUAUAACUAUGUUAUAUAACUAUGUAAUAUAACACGGGCAAAUAUCUGACUUCUGUAUUUUUAAAAAAUUGCCUUCUCCAGGGACAGUCCAAAAGCAGAACUGAGAGGAAAUUAUUACAAAGUAGAAUUCAAUAACCAUAUUGGAUGCAGGCUCUUAGCAGGAAUAUUGCACAUCUGUUGCUCUACCUCAGGGGUCCAGUGAUACCCACUAGAUCUUUCAAGGAAAAACACAAUUCUUUCAAGUGGUUUGGAUUUGGCAAAGAGCUCUUCAAACCUGGAAGAGGGACUUCCUCAAGGUUUUCCUGUGUGCAGCGGGUCCACAUAGCUAAUAUGACAACUAUUCCGUUCACAGUGAUCACCCACAGUAAGCAACAUGGUCAGGGAGGUGGCAGGAGGCGCAAAGACAGAAGUAUUGGGAGAAACAGCAUGACUCUACUGGAGGAAUUAAUUCAAUGGGUGAUAAUAUAAAAUACAUAGAAAACACAAGUAACAGAAACCCGGUUGAAAUGCUUAAUUAGAGCCAAUUAGAUGUGCAGGAGUAAGUAGCAUAAGAAGAAUCAAGUCUGGGAGUGAUCAGGAAAUGAGUAUUAAACAGUAUUUGAAACAGAGAACAUGUCCCAGGGCCCUAAAGUCAG